AUUGUUACUAUUAUUAUUAUUAAUUCUAAUAAAUCGAUCUGCAAGUCCAAGAACUCAGACCAUAAAGCCUCUGCAUCUGCUAAAUCCAACCAUUCAGAUUCACUUCUUCAUUCAUCCCAAACACUUCCCUCUAUCAGAUUCAAAAUCAAACCAGAAAAACAUGAGUUGGUGGUGGGCUGGAGCAAUCGGCGCUGCCAAGAAGAAAUUCGAGGAAGACGACACUCCGCGAAGCUUCGAGAGUGUGGGACUGGUGAUCGGCGUAACGGGCAUCGUCGGAAACAGCCUCGCCGAGAUCCUGCCUCUCGCUGACACCCCAGGCGGUCCAUGGAAAGUCUAUGGCGUGGCACGGCGGCCGCGGCCGCCGUGGAACGCCGAUCACCCCAUCGAGUACGUUCAGUGCGACGUUUCCGAUCCCGCCGACGCCGAAAGCAAACUCUCCGUCUUGACCGACGUCACGAACAUUUUCUUCGUGUCGUGGACUAACCGUCCCACCGAGGCCGAGAACUGCGAAGUUAACGGCGCGAUGUUACGGAACGUGCUGCGCGCCGUUAUCCCCAAUGCUCCCAAUCUUCGUCACGUGUCCCUUCAGACAGGCACCAAACACUACCUCGGAUCGUUCGAAUCCAUAGGCAAGAUCCAAUCCCACGAGCCCCCCUUCACGGAGGAUCUCCCGCGAUUGGACACGCCUAAUUUUUACUACACUCAAGAGGACAUUCUCUUUGAAGAAACCGCUAAGAAAGAGGGUUUGACUUGGUCCGUACACAGGCCCGGAACAAUAUUUGGCUUUUCUCCCUACAGUUUGAUGAACCUGGUUGGGAGUCUUUGCGUUUACGCCGCAAUUUGCAAGCACGAAGGGAUUCCGUUGAGAUUUCCCGGCACGAGAGGCGCCUGGGAGGGUUAUUCCUUUUCUUCCGAUGCGGAUUUGAUUGCGGAGCAGCAUAUUUGGGCCGCUGUUGACCCCUAUGCGCGGAAUGAAGCAUUUAACUGUUCCAAUGGUGAUAUAUUCAAGUGGAAGCAUCUUUGGAAGGUGUUAGCUGAACAGUUUGGGAUUGAGGAGUAUGGUUUUGAAGAAGGUUCGGGUUUGAGGCUGUCGGAAGCGAUGAAGGAUAAGGGUCCUGUUUGGGAUGAGAUUGUGAGCCAGAAUCAGCUUCUGCCUACCAAGCUUGACGAGGUUGGUGAUUGGUGGUUUGUGGAUGUUAUAUUCUCCGGAGAGGGAGUAUUAGAUAGCAUGAACAAGGCCAAAGAACAUGGGUUUUUGGGAUUCAGGAACUCCAAGAAUUCGUUCAUAAGUUGGAUAGACAAGAGCAAGGGUUAUAAGAUUGUACCUUGAAUAAUUGAACUGUGGUUAAUUUGUAAUGGGUAUCUGUUUCUGGUUUGAUUUAUUUGUCUCCACUGUAAGUUAUCUGGAAUAAAUAAAACUCGCACAUUAGUGAGAUAACAGAA